AUGGGAGGUGGAAUUCGAAAAGGGAUGGGAGAAGGAAUUCGUAAAGAGAUGGGAGAAGGAAUUCGAAAAGGGAUGGGAGAAGGAAUUCGAAAAGGGAUAGGAGAUGGAAUUCGUAAAGGGAUAGGAGAAGGAAUUCGUAACGGGAUGGGAGAAGGAAUUCGUAAAGGGAUAGGAGAAGGAAUUCGAAAUGGGAGAGGAGAUGGAAUUCGAAAAGGGAUAGAAGAAGGAAUUCGUAAAGGGAUGGGAGAAAGAAUUCGUAAAGGGAUAGGAGAAGGAAUUCGAAAAGGGAUGGGAGAUGGAAUUCGUAACGGGAUAGAAGAAGGAAUUCGUAAAGGGAUAGGAGAAGGAAUUCGUAAAGGAUGGGAGAUGGAAUUCGUAACGGGAUAG